GGCAGGAAGGCGCGGGUGGGGAGACAUAAUUAAUAUCAUGAAUAUAAAUAGACUUCCCUUUUUUUGUUUGCUUUUUGUCUUGGUUGCUCUUUUCUUUAAUUCCCUUCUUAUUUUAUCCUUAAUUUCCCUAGUUUUCUUCCCUCUUCUUCUCAUUCUCUUCUUGUUCUAUCUUAAGUCUUCAUCUUUUUCUUCAGAUUUAUCUAUCUUUCAUUUCAUUUUUUAUCUUCUUUCUUAAUUCCCUUCUCAUUGUCUUACUUCUUUUUUCAUUUUCCUUUACCUUUUUUUUUAGAUUUUAAUUGUUUUUCAAAGAAUUAUUUUCAUUUCUUCUGAGUUAUUUAUGUUAUCUGUUAGACAUUUUAAAGGAGUGAAAAAAAAAAAUCCAAUAUUACAAGUUUUGUCAAACAAGUCUGUAUGAGCGGACCAAUUGUCAUGUUUGCAUUCACUCGGCGUCCAGCCCGGAUAACCGUACAAUUCCAGCUGUAGCCGUCCGCCAAGAAGCAGAGCUGGAACUGCGGAACUGCAAGACACGAGGCUCCGGGGGGAAAAUCCCUUCCAGCCAACCAAUUAUCGCGGAGGCAAUGGCAGGCAUCAUCCAUGGACAGUGUACGGAGCGGAGUACGCAGUAAGCCCUGAGCGUCGCGAGUGGCUGGGAGUGGGGCAACACCCAACCCUGGACAAGCUGGAACUGGGCAGGUACUUUGCUAUUGGCGGGCAAAUGUAUGUGAUGAGAGGUAACUUGGCGGUACCUGGGCCCCAUUCUGCCCUCGUGGAGGGGCUAGCCUGAUCUGGUUAGUGUGGUUUUCGUGCUGCUCGCCGCUCGCUUUUGGGCCAGGGUUUGAUCUGGUUGGCUGGCUGUCUCAUCGCUAAGGUUGGCUAGCAAGCAGCGCUCUCCUCUCCUCUCCUCUCUCUCUUUCUUUCUCUCUCUCUUCCUCGCUUCUUCUUUCUCCCUUCCCUCCCGAUCUUCCUUCCUUCUUCCUUCAUUGUUACUCCCUCCUACUCUCUCUCUCUCUCUCUCUCUCUCUCUCUUUCUCUCUCUUACUCAAUGUGACCUGGCUUCCUCUCCCCCAGCUGAGGGGCCGCUUACUUGUUUGUGUACUUAUAUCCUUCCCAUCCCAUCCUCUCUUUCUGCUUACUUCUUCCUUUGCUUCCGCUUCUACUCCGUACAGUAGUGCUUCUGCUACACCUCCUACCCUACCUACCUGAUCGACAUAGCUCCGACCUCUAAGCUCCUCGCAGCUUCCCGUUGUCCCACUACUCCCUGUCCUCCUCAUCCCAUAACGACGCUGCCAGCCCUCAAUCUUGUCUUUCGGUUACGACUUCAUAUUUCUUCUUCUUAAUUUUCUUCUUCCUUGAUUUUUUAUUUCAUUUCAUAUUGACCUAGACUAUACCCUGUUCUAUAGGUUGCUAUAGCUUUCAUCUUUGCUACUACUUCUACUACUACUCCUACUAUUGCUACCACUCGUCUCUCAACUGAUAUUCAAGCCCUACAUCUUCUUCUUUAACCAAAACCAGAUUACUUCCGAUAACCUCCUUACAAAAAUACACACAAGUACACCAGGAAAAUUGGUUGAAAUGGGCCAUCCGCUCGUCUACAACCUCCCAGUCGGUCCCGUUGCCGUCUAUCCCUCAUCGUCAUCUCCUGAAUUCUUCCAUACCGAUCCAGCCUGCUCUACCUUCUUCUCCUCCGCCAUGAACAUCAACGGAUCCACUCAUUCAAAACCCUCAACCUCCUCUACAUCCCUUUCUUCUUCUGCUGUUGCUGCUGCUUCUGCCCCCAGUCCUUCCACCACCACCAAAAAUCCUACCUGGAAACCUGCUUCUCCGUCGUCCUCCUCGUCCUCCACUCCGCUGACAAUGAACCCUUCGCGUAAACGCUCGCGUGACGAUUACGUCUCUUCCACCCCCUAUUCAAUUGAUGAUGACCAGCGCGAUAGCGGGUUCGGCUCCACGACCACUUCUUCCCCUGCAAUUGAAGAGGUAGAUCCAACAUACGGCGAGGCCAUGGUCCCCUUCAACCAUGAUGGAACUCCCAACCAUCCAUCAUCUUCUUCAGACCUACGUAGCCGCAAAUCGCAACGCUUAGAUACGUCCUCCUCAGCAUCUACCUGGGACGACAACACCAUGGCUACAAUCCAAACCAAGCUUCAAUCCACCUCAUCGUCAACACCACCAAACCACGAUAGCAACUACCAGCUCCACCAACCCAAACGCCAACCCGCCUCUUCCUCAUUCUCUUCCUCCCACCCCCUGAUCCCACAGGAGCCACAACUCGACUCCAUCACCCUCCUCCUCGGCAUAAGCUGGCAACGCGUCUCCCGCACAGACGACGAAGACGUCGCCGCCGCUCUCCGCGGCUGGGAACGGUAUAUACAGAACCACUACGCGGCGUGGAUUGCCCAGGCGGAAAUUCUGCUCAGACAUCGUGGGGUCGGGGCGUUUCUGGUUGCAGGGCGGGUUCCUGCUUCUUCAUCUUCAUCUUCUUCGGUUCCAAAUACAAACACGAAUAUAGAUGCCAAUGGGAUGGGAUCACGCUUUUACCUCUUCAGCGAAGACCUGGCUGAAGCGCGGCUAGUGGGUAAUGAUUGGGAUUCCUGCAUAAGGAAUCUGCGCGAGGUGCCCAUUCGUUAUGAAGAUGGGUCAGUGCUCUUGAGGGCUUCCUUCGCAGCGUCGGCGGUAGAGUCGAUAAAAACAGGAGUGGAGAGGGUUAUGGAGGAUAAAGGGGUGUUGAUUGGGUGUGUUAACGGUGCUGGUGGUGGUGGGGUUGGAGAUGGAGCUGGAAAUGCGAUGGGUAUGGGUAUGGAUAUGGAGGUGGGGAUGGGGAUGGAUAUUGACAACUGGUGACAUAAACAACGACGACGACGAAUGAUACAAACUCUAUAUAUGACGCGUAAGGUGCGUUUUUAUGUGUUUUGACGGCUUUUCGCUUCGACAUAGGAUCUUUUCGGGAUAUUCAUUCGACCUUUUCGACAUCACGACCAGACGCAACAUGAGCGGAGGGCCCGACCCUCCUUUUCGAAGUUCAUGUUCCGAAUCCUUCGUCCGCUCGCGCUCUUCUUCUCUUUUCCCUCUGGACCCGGGUUGGGAAGAGGGUUGAUAUUGUGUGUUUCUUUAUUAUGGUUUGUUCCAAUAACUUUUCUUUUUUUUCCCUUUUUUCUUCUGCUUGCCAAGUCUUUCUGCACGGCUAUCCACUUUCAAAACAACUCAUCAUGUUCUACUUUAUGUAUCAUUUUAUUUCUUGUUCCCAUUUUCCGUUUUCUCGUUCUCAUUCUUGUUUCUUCCUUCACAUGCGUUAUUGUUAUUCAUUUGAUAUGAAUCUUACCGUAUUAUCUGGUAUCUGACAUGGCGGUUUCCACUCUUGCCCUUUUUUUUUCUUCCACCCGGGAGCCUUUGCAAACACGUUCUUGUUCUAUUUUGUUUAUCUGUUAUUUUGCUCUGUUCGUUUAUUGUUUUAUUUACUAGCCUUUUUUUUCCCCUUCCUCGGGAACAGGGCAGAGUGGAAUCCUCGUACUUUUUUACCCUACUUUUUCUCUCUUGCUCUGAUCGGUUUUCAUGAUGAGCGGAGAACAGGGAAACCCAAAUCAAGGAAAAAUAGAAAAAUAAAUGAAAAACAAAUAAGAAAUAAAAAAUAAAAAAAGAGAGAAAAGAAACUUUAACUGACAGUAAAUAAAAAAAAAAAAAAAAAAAAAAAAAAAAAAAAAAAAAAAAAAAAGGGAUGACUGAAGGAAAUAGAAGUAAAAUUCAGUUUCAAGAGAGCAAAAAUUAAUGGAAAUUAAAAUAUAUAAUAGUGAAGAAUUGUUCUCUUCACAAUUCAAAUUCGUUCAUAAAUACCAGGUUCGCGUCCAAUAGAUGGAUGGAUGGAUGGAUGGGCCAAACCAGCUGGCCGAGUUUAAGUAAGCAUCCAUACAUGCAAUAACUACGGAGUAGCUAACCUAGGGACAUGUACCAAAAGUGAUUCAUGUCCAGACCACGACCACCCCCUGGUUCUAUUAGAAUACAUGGGGGAGGUGACCCAGGUAUCAACAACAAUGACAAUAACAAACAGAACGAAAAAAAAACCUAAUAAUAAUCGUCAUCAUCAUCAUCAGCGCCGCCCCCACCGUAAUAAUUGCCCGCAAACGCCUCGUCGACAUGAUCGUCGAGGUCAGCAUCCUCAUCCUCAUCCUCAUCCUCGUCGUCCAUGUCCAUGUCCAUGUCGUCUUCAUCCAUGCCUGCUGCGUCGAGAUUCUCGCUCGCGUCGGGGCCGGGGAUGUAGCCGAGGAUUUCUUCGUUGGGGUUUGUGGGGGUUGGGGUUGGGAUUUUUUCUGCUUCUUUUUCUUUUUCGGUGGCGGCGAUGGUAGUAGCGGUGGUGGUGGUUUGUGUAGAUGGUGUUGGCAGUGGCGCUGGCGUUGUGGCAGGGACUGUAGAUGUAGAUGGAGCGGUAACAGCCGUUGUUGUCCCCGUCCUAAUCGCCUUAACAACCCGUUCUCUCACGGGACCCCGAAUACCAAGACCACCUGCACCACUAGUCGCGAGACUCCUUUCGGAAAAUACACUGCUACUCCGCACACUCCUUGAUACACUCCCACUCCUACUCCUCCCCCUGUCCCUAUCUCUAUCCCUAUCCCUUCCAACCCCACCCUCCCCAUUCUCACUCUCCCUCCUCUUGAUACCCUUCCUCUCAUCGUCAUCCUCAUACAUCUCCUCCAACAGCCGAUAAUUAAUCUUCUUGCUAAACCCUCUCUUCUCAAGCAUCCGCCUCGUAGCUUCUGCGGGCGUCGACGCCCUCGUUCCUCUUCCAUCCACAUCCUCGCCAUUUUCCCCCUUCCCCUCCAAAUACCCCACAUCACCCAUCCUCCCUUUCCUCCGCUUGCGUGGUCGACGGGUAAUACCCGGCACCCGACCAUUAAUCAAAUCCUCCUCCUCCGCCAACGCCCGCUUGAGCGCUUUCGCCUGCUGCGUGCGUAGGUAGUCUUUGUUCUCAUGGACCCAGAUACGUUCUUUGAUUUCGACUUCGGCGGGGGAGAGCAGGCAGUACUUUACUUCUGGGUCGGAGUCGAAUUCGCUGGCGUCAAUGUCAGGUGUGGAAGGUACGGGUUUGGGGGGUUGGGGUGCGGGUUUGGUCGAUGGUGUGGGUUGAGAGGUGGUGUUGGUGGAGGCGAGUAGGUUCGAGCCUGUUGUGAGGAGUUCUUGCAUUUCGGAUUCGAGGGCGGAUUCGGAGGCUAGUUCGGAUUCUGUUGGGGGUGGGGGGCGGAAAUUUUUGGUGCCCUUUGGUCGGCCGCGUUUCGUCUUGGUUGUGGAAUCUGGGGAGUCGUCUUUGUCGACUAGCAGGGCGGGAUCGAUGGGCACAUCUGGGAUAGCGAAGCCAUCUGCAUCUACCCGUCUUGUGUUCACAGGGGAAGAUGUUGGUUCUGGGGUGUUUCCAUCCUCAUCAUCGUCGCUUACGAUUUCCGUAGUGGGCCUUUUCUCCUUCAUUGCCUGUUUCAACCUCUUCCCUUGAGUGAAGGAAGGUGGGUCAUGGGAAUUCUCCAGUUGGACGGAGCGGAAUUGGUCGACGCUCCGUUACUUUAACAACGUAUACAACCUCGCGGACAGUUCGUCGGAAGUUGUUCAUGCGGGCUGCAAGGAUCAAAGCAGCGCCGCAGAUGCCUGCAGGGCGCCGCCCAGUAAUCAUCCAAUCUCGGUUCAUCCGCUGCACAAUGCGGACUGCCUCGCUUGCAACCUGCAUCAUCGAGGAACCGAAUUCAAGCUGCUUCGCAAACCGGUAAAUUAGGCUUUCGGGGUCGAUGGGGUUCAUGAUAAAACACGUUUCCUCCCGGCGUAGUUCGUCAAGUAGUGCUUGUACGCACGACCAAGUUUAAACACAUUAAUCUAGUAAAAUAUUCGGUUAGAGUCUAUUAAUCUGGAACAGAAAUAUGACAGAUAUACAUACCAUUAGCACAUCAGCAAAGUCAAUCAACAUGACCGUAUUUCCAUCCUGGCGGCGACAGGCAAUGUACAGACACACGGCCGCAACAGUCUUUGUGCGGCGACCUUGGAUAAA